GAAAGGUUAGUCUACCUAAAAUCAAUUGAAGGUUGGAUUGCAAGUCUUAUAUUCAACCGUGAGUUCAAAGUAGCCAUCGAAGCUGCCGUCAGUGUGUUUUCACUCCAAUGCUAUUCGUUUCAUCUUCUUGCUGGAGGCAACCAAAAUUUUUCUUUGAGGCAUGUUAACAAACACCUGGAAUUUCAUGUUGCCAGAAAUAGUUUUCAGUCUCUACAGAGCAUCAAACCCUUCAAAAACCCCUUCGGGUUCCUCUUUUCCUUUGCGCCAUUCGGAAUCGUUGUUGCGAAAAGGAGAAUUUGUCUGCUCUUCUCCUCUGAAAUGUUCAUAUUCCGAUACCACAAUCUCAAUUUCUGAAAACCCGUUUCUUAAACCUUUGAAAAACCUUUCUCUUGAUUCACUGAAGUCAGCUCUCUUGCAAUUGAUCCCUAUAAGUUUUGUCAAAUGGUCCGCUGUAUUGUCUGUAGCAAUUGUAGCUUCGAAGUGGACUCUGGGUUUUGCUUUCAACCCAUUCUUUUGGAUGUAUUUUAGUUGGACUUGGUUGUUCUGGUCCUGGUUUGUUUCUGUGCUGCUUGCAGUUUACGGGAUAAAUUGUUUUCGAAAGCAUUCACUGGGUGAGGCCAACAUAUUUGAGCAACUUGCUAUUGUGACGUCUGCUUUCACUUGGCUAACUCUGGUGCCUCCUGCCCAUUUUAAUGGCUACCUUGAAGGUUGGCCCUUUGUGUUCUUCUUCGUGUACCAUUAUUUCUUUUUCUUCAAUGUUAGUGUAAGAAGACGAUUGUAUGGAGAUUAUUAUGCUCGCCCACGUGAUCCUAUAUGGGAUCUGAACGUGCCAAAGUGGUGUAGGGUGUUUUUCUGUGCUGGAGUUAUGGUUGGGCAUUGGCUUGUGGCAUUUGAAGCACCAGAGCUGCACAAGAUACCAGGGGGCUGGAACAAUGUUGGUGUUUGGAUUUUGAUAUUCGUAACUCUGUUGGUGCACUAUAAUUCUACGCUGUAUCUUGCCAAAUACUCAGAGAAGGUUGCGGUGCCCACUGCUGUUGUGUAAUUCGGACCAUAAAGAUAUGCCCGGCAUCCAAUAUAUUAAUCGGCAAUGCUUCUAUUUGUAGCAUAUUUUCUUGCACUCCGGCCACCUUUGCGCUUGCUGUUUGUUAUAGCAGUUUGUUUGAUGUAUUAUAAGCAGAAAUCAAAAUUGGAGGUGGCUUUAAUGGUAGAGAUCUUUGGAGACAGUUAUUUGGAGUAUGUCAGUAGAGUUAAGUACAAGUUCAUACCUUUGGUGUACUAGCUUCAAAAGGUAAGCGUUUGAUUCUUUGUAAUCAUAAUUUGAUUUAUACUACUUGAGUUAUGGAACAUUAAAGGAAGUAAUACAUU